ACAGUCGUGAGCAGGAAGAGGGAAACGAAAGCAAAGACCGUGGGGGCCCGACGUAUUUAAGCACGAUGCUGCUGCCCAAUAACGGUGAAGGCGGCGUCGUGUGGGGGAGCGCGUCCGCAGCCCGCGCCCAACCAAACAGACGCACGGACGCGGGGAUCCACGCGAGCGACCUUCUGAUCGGAGCGAGAAUGGUUCGAUUUUGACGAGGCGCGGACAGGGCUCGAAGUCGCCGCGGGACGACGAGAUACUCUCGGGAGACACGAAGUGUCACCUCGGGUUACUGCCUCAGGAAAUGAUGACAGUGUCCUCCAUCGUCGUUUAGCUGCCGGGAGCGAAAAAUUGUCGCGUCUUGCGGCCAUUACGACUGGACGCGAUUGCCUGUUAAUUGGACACGGGAAAAAAAAAAAAAAAAAAAAGCUCCAAGUGCGGCGUAACUGCGGCUGUGGGAGCAGGUGCAGCGCGUCUUGGCUUCGGUCUGCCCGCAGGCAGCCUCGCAGGUAGCCGCCGAGCUGGCCGCGGACCCCGAAGCCUCAAUCUGGAUCGGGCUGGACAUCGUAUUUUAGGAAUGACAUCCACCAUCGAGAGGAAGACACUAGAAGCCAAUGAGGAGCCGGUGGAUGAGGUCCUCCAGAUGCCACCUUCUCUGCUGACAUGCGGCGGGUGUCAGCAGAGCAUCGGUGACCGGUUCUUCCUAAAGGCCAUAGAGCAGUACUGGCACGAGGACUGCCUGAGCUGCGACCUGUGCGGCUGUCGGCUGGGGGAGGUGGGCCGACGGCUCUACUACAAGCUGGGAAGAAAAUUAUGUCGGAGAGACUACCUCAGUAACAUGGUGACAUCUCCUCAUUCACCCAGGCUUUUUGGUCAGGACGGUCUCUGUGCUUCCUGUGAGAAGAGGAUCCGAGCAUUUGAGAUGACCAUGCGUGUGCGGGACAAGGUUUACCAUCUAGAGUGCUUCAAGUGUGCUGCCUGCCAGAAACACUUCUGUGUCGGUGACCGCUACUUGCUCAUCAACUCAGACAUUGUGUGCGAGCAGGACAUCUUUGAGUGGACCAAACUCAACAAUAACAUGGUUUAGGAGAAUCUCUCGCUCAGAACUAUACUUUGCCUUUUCCCACUGGCUUUAAAGGGAAUGAACCAUUGAUAAAUAAACUUUCUAUAGCCUGUACAGGCUUUAUCAUGCAUCUGACAUUCAUAUGGAAUUUUUUUUAACACAGUAAGGAGAGGCUACAUUUCUGCAUUGCUCCCUGCUGGAGAUUUAUGAAGACUGCACCAGCAAUAACAGUUUGUCUUCUUAGGCUUCAUCCUUAAAUGCAAAGAAAAAAACAACAAAACAAAAAAAAACACUUAAAUAGUAAAAAUACUGAAACAUGCAAUAAUAAUUGUUUGUCAUAGACACUGGAAUUUAAGAAUUUUAGCAAUGAACAAAAAAAAAAAUCUUUGUGAAGUCGCUUGUAGUCAAACACUGUUACAUCACAUCAGUCUGGCCCGAAAAAUUCAAUAAGAAUUUCAGUAACAUUUUAUUUUAUGGAUUGGCCAAUUUCCGUAGAGUGAAUUAAUUUAGUACUAAUUAUUGGCAAAAUUAGACUGUUGGUAAAGGAACUGCUUCAUUUAAACCCAAAUUAUUAAUUAAUUAUUGGAAACAUAGUUCUCCAUAUAUGUUGAAUUGUUUGCAUGUUGAGCUGACCUGCUGCACUGACUGAAAGACUGUCGGUGUUACAUUAGCAGUUAUUUGGAAACAAUGAAUUGGAAGUGUACCAAUUGAGCACCGUCUCUAUUUUAUAUAUUAUUUGUACAAAACUACACAGUUCUCUCCAGGAAACUUGCCAAGAAAAUUACUUUAUUAGGAAAAGACUUUAUUAGGAACUUAUAGACUGGUAAAAUAAAACGUUUCCAGAUUUUUACACAGGAAAUGGAAUAAAAAUAUUCAUUUUGAAAAGUCCUGAUCAGAAUGAUUGUACUGUAUUGCCAGGUUGAACUGGUGACACCCUCUAGUCAUCGAGGGAACCCAUGCAAUACUAAUUUUAUUGACUUUGGAUGUGUUUACAGUGUCUCUUUUUUGUAAUUGUAACAACUCUCUGGACAUGCACCCUAGACUUUUUUGGAUAUUUACUUGUCAAUUU